AUGCCAGAGUCCCUUGGCCUCAUCAUGCUGCGCCGUGUCGCCCUCCUCAUUCUCGCCUGGUUCUUGGGCCUCGCGGAAGAGACCUUCGAAAAGGAUAUUAAAAUUACUAUUUUCCCUGGUUCGGAACACGAGUUUGGAACCCACCGCCACGUCCUAUUGCCCUCCCUGAGUCUCUACCCGAAGCUCAAAAAUACCGUUCUCACGGCGUUCCAGUGCGACCUUGCCAUCGUUACAAUGUGCGACACGCUUACAGAGGCGCUGAGAGGCCACGUGCAGCGUGUUAAAGAGCUCGUCACGCCAAACCCGCCCUAG